GGCAUUAUCUUCAUAUAUCAACAGAAUCUGUCAGCCAUAAUGUCUUCUAUACAUGAUUUCCAAUCCGUCUCAUGUAGAAGGUAUUGCGAGCGAACGAAUGAGGCUGCGGUGGGAUGAUUUUCAAUAUUUUGGAUCAUCAAAUUUGUGAAUUUCUACUCCUGUUUGCUACUUCACCAGCGGCAAGAUCGUUUGACCUCAUAAUGGGACGUCGUCACGGCAAACUAUCAAAAGGAUGUCAGACUUGUAGGAAACGGAAGAUCAAAUGUGACGAAGUGAUGCCAGCUUGUAAUCAAUGUCAAAAGGCUGGCUGGAAGUGUCCACAAUAUGGAGAUUCUUUGGAAAGAAUGUUCCAGUAUUCAGAUGUGAGAGAUUUGGAAAGGUCCAUACACAAUGAACCUCCAAGAUCCAAGAAAAGAACUUCGUGCAUAAUAUCAGUUCCCCUUACAUUCAAGGCUCAAUUACCAUCAGUUCUUCUUUCCAAAGAGAUUUCAAACACUAUCAAUGAUCGUGCAAUCGAUUUCUUUUUUUCCACUCACAUAUUUCGGGACUGUGGUCCUGUCAAAGGAUAUUAUGAAUAUUUGUUCCACUAUCGCAACGAUCCCAACAUCAACCAUACUCUCUACACAACCAUCACUGCAGUCUCUCUGGCUGCAUAUGCUUACGCUUUCAAAUAUUCAUAUCUUCUUAAAAAGGCAACUCAAUCCUUUGGACACGCACUCCGUCUUGUCAAUACAGCAUUGUCAUCCAUCGAAGAGGCUACCAAAGAUUACACUAUCAUAUCGGUCGUCCUGUUCAAUACAUUUGGAGUACUCACCUGUCAAAGUCUAGAUACCUUGAUAGAUUGUGAUAGGCAUAUAUCUGGUGCAACUUCCAUGAUAAAGUUACGUGGGACUCGUCAAAUGGAGACCCGACAUGGACUCCAAUUGUUUCUUCAGAUGAAUUCAAUCCUCCUACAAAGUUGUAUAUGGCAUUCAUUCAGGGUUCCUGAGGAUUUGAUUAAGUUACAAAAACACGCGGCAAAUUUUCUAGAUGCAGAUGAUCCAGCGUGGAAGUUGAAUCGCUUGAUUGUGGAAUUGACCACGUUUCGUGCUGAUAUAAAAGACGGUAUACUUCAUGAACGUUCUUCCAUAAUCAGAGCAGCUAUAGAAUUGGACAUUAAGUUUUCGUCUCUCGCAAGUGAGAUGUCCAGAUCACCUCAAUGGCAUUACGAUUCGAUUCCCAUCGUAUCUACAUCAAGUACGAUAUUCGGUACAUAUUAUCAAGUAUAUUCAGACCUCUGGGUGACUCAAAUUUGGAAUCAUCUUCGUACAUGUCGAUUAUUUAUUUACGAAGAGAUUGGUAAACAAUAUACGAGUAGAGAAGGAAAACUGAUAUAUCCCAUUGUCAGUAUGGAUUAUCAUCUCUGGUUUACAACAUUACAACAAACAAUUGAUGACGUUUGUGCAUCCUUACCUCAAUACUUCAAUGAUGUUUCCGAAGUACGUACUUCGUCGGGAAUUAGUGGCUCACCUAAUCCAAACUUCAUUUCAAGUUCCUUCUCCACUAAUGUCGUUCCUCAUAUUGCUGGUACUUAUUUUCUUCUUUGGCCUCUACUCAAUUCAGGUCGGAUGACAUUUUCAAAUCUUCAGCGGGAUUGGAUUAUUGGUAGAUGUCGGGUUUUGGGAGAUAAGACAGGUAUUCAACAAAUGUUCACCUUGGCAGAUGUUUUGGAGAAGAGAGAGAUGUUCCCUGUGUAUGAGAGUUGCUUAGCGAAGAGCAUAUGAUAGAUUGUGAAAGACUAUGGUAUUUCUCCUGUGUCGUUCGGUCUGAUCAUGCUUGUUUGCCUUCAUGACCGUGAUUACAUAUAGCAACUGAAGUGAUGGAGCAAAAGCAAUCUCUGUGAGAUUCCUAUACCUAUUUUCUUUUUAUACGGUGAUUUGGAUACAGUAUGUGCUCGGCCAUAUCUGUUCCAUUAUAUAUAUUCGCUCCAAGUUUAAUAGACCCAACCUCAAGACUUGGGUACCGCAUCGUGGUACAAUCAAGUGCCUACGAAUACCUUUCAAGCUGUGUUCUUUCAUCCUCCAGAGUAACUUACUCAUCCUACCAAUAUUUAGACAAUAAAUAUCUUUCGAUAGAAACUAAUCA